AUGACGCUGGUUAACGGUCAUUCGUGCUCCAAGUCUAUGAUUCCAGAGGAUAUCAUGGAGAGUGUGCCGUCUGCGCAGCAGGUUGCAGAGGAGAAGAGAAAUAAAGCUUUGGUCACGCCUGUGCAGAAUAAAGACGUGCAGAAUGGUGCUUCGCCGGUGAGUGGGGGCGGGCAUGAUCCCAAAAUUCCACAUUCCAAGAGUAAAAACCCUUUCAAGAAGUUCUUUGGCAGAUCGAAGUCGCAUCAUUUAACACCUCUGGUGUCGAAUACGAUAACUUCUGUCGGUUACCAAUGUGUUGAGGAACAUGUGGUAGAUGCUCCUUCUACUCAUGUAUUGCCUAUGCCAACUGGACAGGGUGAGGCGACUGGUGGAUGCUUGCGCUCUAAUAUCUUCAGUGGACCGCACAAGAGCCAUAAGACGUCUAUUGCUUUGCCCUCAAUAGCUCUACAUAACUCGAAUCCUUUUGCGAACGGUGGCAGGAAACCCACUAUAGAGUCUCCGUUUGCAGUUUUGGGAACAGGAACUGAAAUUGCAUCGCCGAGAAAUCUUCCAGGCACGACUGUCUUAUCCAACAGGAAUACAUCCCAUAACCUCAACAUGUACACUCCUACCAUGUCUGCUCAGUCCUCAAGAAGCUUGAGCUACUACCAAAUGGAGGGUAACGAUAAACACGAGAAAUUGUUGCCGUUGCCUGUUAAGAAUCCCAAUGAUGAGUUGCCAGUACACUUAAGGCAGCCCAGUGUUUUAUUAACAGAUAACUUCUCCUUCCCCUCUUGUACUGAUGGCGAGAGGAAAAUAAUCGGCGAAGGUGGUUCCAGUCAAGUCGUUACGAUUGUAUCGAACUAUCGCAAAUCAACCGUAUAUGCCUUGAAGCGAUUUAAGAUGUUCUCAUAUGAGGAACCUGAAGAAUUCUAUUCCCGGUGUAUGAAAGAAUACUUGAUUGCUAAAAGGUUAGAUGGACAUAUUAACAUUAUCAAGACGUUUUAUCUUAUGAAGGUCCCUUCUUCAGCUACUAAUGGCAUCAAGAGAAGUUGGGCUUUUGUAAUGCAACAAUGUGUUCAAGACAUGUAUUAUUAUACCACCUUAACUGGUUGGACCAAUAAGCUCUUUGAAGAGAAGUGGUGUUGUUUUAAACAAAUUGCACGUGGUUUGAGUCAGAUGCAUAGCUUAGGAAUCGCACACCGAGAUAUAAAGCUUGAAAACGUUCUGGUAACGGAUUAUGGCGCUCUUAAGUUGACAGACUUUGGCGUUUCUACAUAUGGUAUUGAGAAUCCGGAUGAUCCAACAAGCAAAAGAGUGAAACUAAAAGGUUUUUGUGGCUCUCCUCCACACGUGCCCCCGGAAGUCAUGUUGUUGAGUUCAGAGAAACGUAAAAAGGUACCUAUCCCUGAUGAUAAAUUAGAAUAUGACCCCUUUGCCAUGGAUAUGUGGGCUCUAGGUGUGGUUUUGUACACAUUAAUAAUACCGUACCCCCUGUUUGCUGAAGCUCAUAAAGAUGACAGUCGCUAUAGGCAGUAUCUCGCGUUCUAUGAUCAGUUUACUCGUUAUUGUUCUAAUUUCAAGAAAGAGCACGUUUACAAACCAGGGCCAGGCGUAGAACAUCCUGAGUUCUCCAAAUUUCAAAAUACGGAUGCAACACGAGUUUGCUUGAGAUUGCUUGAUCCUGAUCCUGAUACUCGUUAUAAAAUGGAAGACUUGUACAAUGAUCCGUGGUUUCAAUCCAUUGAGACGUGUGUAGAUGAGGGAACAGAGGAGCCGGUUAAAAUCCCCGAGUUGAGGAAAACUACAGAGGGAAGCGACUCUCCUUACGCACACGAUAUUUUGCCUGGCGACGAAGAAUCUUUGUUUAAUACACCAGGUCUCGUAUCGCAUACUUCUAACCCUUUUUUGAAUGCCGAUAGGGUUGGCCUGGGGUUUACAACAAACUCCACAAACCCUGUAUCAGCAUCACGCCCAAGUUCAAGCUCGCGUUCUUUGAUCAACAUUGCGGAGGAUACAGAACCUUGUAUCCUUGGCUCUUUACAAGCACAAAUUGAACUACCCACGUUGGAUGAAGAGGAUAUUAAUACUCCAAAGCUGGAUCUUCAUAAUGAAGAAAGAGUCAGUUUGUCACCGUUGGUGCCAACCAAAAAGAUAAGCAACCUGUCGUUAAACGAUUCCUAUGGUGUUCCCGGUAUCACUUUAUUCCAAAGCACUACAGAACAUCCUCCUUCACCCAUACUUUCCUUAGAUCAGAACAAUGGCCAUUACAUCUCCAGGUCUUCUAGUGUCGUUUCUAGAAAUAGCAGCGCCACAGCGUAUGCAGGACAAAACAGUAGUGGCAGUUCUCUCGCCUCACUUGCCAGAUCCAAGAGAAAAAAGAUAGUUCACAUGCAUCACGAAUGUAAUGGGAAACCAAUCACUACCAAAUCGACUCAAUGA